GUGCGCGUGCCUGCUACUGGCGACGUGUUGCUAUAACGACAGAUGUAAACAGUUUCCAGAAGCGGCAGUUCUGGAGGACGAAGUGUUGAAGACACUUCAGUGGAAAUUACAGCCUGUGAAGCUUACAGUCUGAUCAGAGAGCACCAUGAAUUUAAACAACUUUGUGGUACUUCCCAGCAAGCCCAAGUCAAUGAAGUUAAAUGUCAGGAAUCUUCGGGAGCUGCGUAUGGAGACAGUGCAGCUGGAUCAACAUGCCAAGGAGAUGGAGAACCGACUGGAGGAGCUCAGACAGCGUAUGAACCAGGAGAAAGAGGAAAGGGAGAAAAUGGGAGCUUCUCACUGGCGUUCAGCACAACCCGGGGUUCAAAGCGUCAGGACAAACAAGGAGAACUCACCUCACAGACUCUCUCCAGGCAAGAUGAAGAUUAGAGUGCUGAAGGACGAGCCUGUGCCAGCAGUACAGAAGCAGGUAAUAGCAGAACCAGCUGCCAAGGUAUAUGGCACUAACAGGAAGCUCAACCUGAGGGGAAAAGUCUGUGGACAGUGUGAAGUUCAGCUGGCCGGACUGAUGUGUGCGGAAUGCGGAGAGGAUUAUUGCGUGGGCUGCUUCGUCAGAUUCCACCAGAAGGGGGCACUGAAGCGCCAUCACAUGGUUCCCGUACAGGCAGAGCUCCAGACCCCUGUCAGCACUCGGGAUGUGUUGGGCCGCCUCCAGCAGCAGGUAAGCUGUGAGGAGAGUCAACAUGCACAAGGUGCAUCCCACAAAUCUGCUGAUGAAACUGAAGCCACAGAGAAAGGAUCAGCUGCUGGGAACCUUCAGCUAAUGUCUGAUAACAAAAUACAACACACACAGGUGUUGUUCGUGAAUGACGGUGUUGACGUGGAGGAUGAGGAGGCUGGUGAGGAAGAGGACAGCUCUCUGCUGAGGGGAGGCUUUGAUGAAGAGGAGUCAGCCAGGUCCUUCCAGGAGGCUCUGAAAGAGUGGAGAGAGAGAGGACAGAGACCAGUGUCGGUGAUGGAAACACAAACCGAGAAAGGAUCCCAGCAGAUAAUUUAUGUGGAGUUCAAGGAGGACACUUUGAGCUACAUGGAGAAACUCCUCCUGAAAAAGCACCGCAGAGGACAAAUUGAAGAAUUUCAGCCCCAGUCUGUCGUCCAAAGCCAACCAGAGCCACCCACACCUCCACCCGCAGAGAUGGAUGAACUGAGCCGAAAACUGACAGCAGAGCGGAUGGAGUUGCAUAAAUACUUUACCUCUCUCUUCACAACUGCUCCCGCUGAGGAUGCUGGGAAAGCGGACAGCCCUGCAGAAUCCUAUUUAAGCAUCGUAGAGUUAGAUGAGGUGAUGGUUGGAGAUGCUACAAUGUGCAGAUCCUUUGGAGUCGAGAAGGGAAAUGAGAGCGAAAUGUUUAUAGCUGUUGGAAAUGAAGAUUUAUCUGAAGGAGGAGAUUUUGGAUAUUCACUUUCACCUUCCACACCGUCCUUCUCCGAGAUGACCAAAGAAACAUUCGGCGAAUGUAAUUCUGACAUAAAGAUCAACUCAUCUCCUGAGACUUGGCUGCCGUCUCGAGAGGCUGAACAAUCUUCAUCAUCAUCAAGAUCAAAAAGCCUUUCUGCACUUCAGACGAGGCUUCAGAGAUCACAGCACCUGUCGACUACCUCAGAAUCACUUUUGUCAAAUUCGCGAACAGCAGACCAGAAAGUGGACUCUCCAAAACCAAGCUCACGGAUGAGAUCUUCUGCAGCACAACAGGACAAAUCCUCAGAGAUUCUGCCAACGUCAUCACUCCCAAAAACCAAAUUAAAUCAAACUCUCCCAGGCUUUGAAGACCAUAUUUCCACUUUCAGCCCUUCUCCUCGUAGAAAACCAUCUGUUAGGUCCUCUCAAUGUCAUUCUCCUGCUUUUCCCAUCUCUAAAGCAAGUCCAAAACCUCCAGAUUCUCUGUCCCCAAGGUGUAGAUCAGUUUCUUCUCCAGUCAACAGAAUCCAAUCUAGACCUGCUCAUUCAACACCUGUUUCUAAACUGAAAUUAGCUCAGUUGUCUCCAGUACGUGCCAUCGCUUCCCCAGUUUCGUCAUUACAGCCGUCACUUAGAGAAUCAUCACAGUCUGGAUUAGUCUCCGAUAGACGUACACCUAUCUAUGACUCCAACAGGUCCUCGACGCCGAAAAUCGAAUCAUUUCAUACUGAGGGUCACCGUUCACCUCCACCCUCCAAAUGGUUAAAAAGCUCACGGAGGUCACCCAAAACUACAGUCCUCUCCCUACAGCUGAGCAUGUCAGAUUCAGAAGAAGAAACGACAGGUGAAGAUUCUUGCCUGGUGCCUAGUGAGGAAGACUCAUCUGAUGAAGAACUGAGACGAAUCACAGAUGCAGGAGAAGAAAGGAAUGGCUUUGCUUCUCCGUGUCCCACAAUGACCCCUCCGGCAGACCCUCAUUUCACUUUCACAAAGUCAGAACAUGACAACACAGAAUCUGACCUGUUUACAGGAUCUUCUAAGGCCCUUCAUUCUGUAGCCCAGCGACAGGGCAUCCAGCUGGGGCAGUACCAAGAUCUAGAGGGGAUCCUGACUUUGGGACUGGACCCUGGAGUCCUGCAGCCCAACCCAGCUCCAGCACAAACCUCUAGAGAGGAGAACCAUACGGGGAAUUCUCUAGUUGUAGGGCAGGAGUCCUGGAGAUCCUUCAGCAGUCUUCAACAUCACGCAGAGGAAGAGCUGGUCGCCGCGCUGAUGAACGGUCGGCCCGUCAGUAGCACCCCUCGUCCAUUCACACCAGGCCGUAGCAGAAUGUCAUCACAGAGGCUGUGUUUCUCAGGCACUGUAAACAGAUGUUCUCCCAUCACUUCUCGGCCCCUGAGUGCAGGGACCAGUCGUCCAGACCCGACAAGCCAGCCGCUGUCUCGUGCCGCUCAGGAGAUCAUGGAGGUCCAGACCGUGGAGCAGCUUGAUCUUCAGGACUCUGAUGAGGAUGAGGAGGAUUUCCUGGCUCUGGCCUGCCUUGAGGAAGAGUUCAGAAAUAUGAGCACUACACCAUUAGAUGAGGGUGAGGACGGACACAUUCCAGUGGAUUAGAUUUGUCUGGACUGCAAUUACGUACAUUAUAGAUUUUGAUUGAAUUUAGUAAUAAUUGAAUAUAAAUAGAGCACAAGAAGAAAUAAAAGUUAGGUCUGUAGUUGUAGUUAGUCUAUUAAACAGCUAUAUAGUAUGAAGCGGC